AAAUAAACCGACAACGCCCAUCUCUGCAGCGGAUUGUAAAUCCAUGAACUGCGAGUAUGUGAUUGCCUUUGUGAAUGCCUUUUGGCUUUGGCUUUGGCUUCGCCUCUGUCUUUGCCACACGCCGAUUGCUUGGACGUCAUUUGCUUCGGUUAAUUCACACCCCAUCCUACAUCUUCCUACUGUUACAAACCGAUACUCUCGUCUAUACUCUCAAAGGCUCUUUCUUUCUAUCUUUCUUUUUUCUCUUUUUGUUAUUCCUUAUACUCCUUGCUCAUUUUCAGGUCCCCAAUUGCACUUAAAGACAGUUUAUCCUGAUAUAAAUGGAUAGACUUUCAUUUCAUACCCUUUUGUAUCUUUUAUACAUAUAAAUACAUCAUUAGACUUUUUUUUUUACUUUUUUUUUUAAACAUCAUCCCCAUUCUACUCUCAACCACCAGAUUUCAUUUAUUCUUGAGAAUCUACAAGUCUCAAGACUUUUUCUUUACCCUUCUGCUACACCCAUAACCCUUAUUCUAUUUCAUAUUAUUUUUAAAAACAAGAACCAGGAACAAGUUCUGGAAACAAGCCGGAAACAGAGAAACAGGAACGCUAAAUAACUAAAAUAAUAGCCGUAACAAACAAAUAACGCAGUAUGAAUGUUUUCUAUCGGUGUAUUAUUGACUUGAGGAAUUCACUUUCUGCUUUCUAUUGAAUUGAAUUCAUCGACCGAGGAGAGGAAAAACGCUGAC